AUGCGUCCUGCGUUGACCCCGAUCAGCUCUGGCUUGACCUGUGUGAGAAUGACACCAAGCAGUAUUGGAGUGCGACUGAGCAGUGCAAGCGCUUUUUUGAAGAUUACGUUCAGCAAUCCGUACGCUCGGUCGUCUCAAUUGAAUCGGGACUCCAUCUUGAACGAUCAGCAAAGCAAGGCGCGGGGAUCAGGCCCGGCGAACGACAUUGCAAACGUCGAAGCAACUUCCACGGAUAUCCCUAUCCCCUUGGAGACGCCAUGGCCAAAGGCAGAACAUAUUCCUUGCAGUCGCAGUGUUCGAGUUGACGUCCACAAGACAAUCAUGUUGGCCUCCAUAGGCGGGUUCCGCCCCGGCACUUACCUCAUUUUAAAAUACAGGCGAGUCAAGGCUGUAGUAGCUCGAGACCCAAACUCGGACAAAAGAUGGUCCGCAAGGCGCAGGAUGAGCAAGUGGAGCAACCAUGUCGCGAAAUUCCACGGCAUUCCCAACGCUCCGGCGUUGCCAAAAGCAAGUCGGAGUGAAUAUAAACGGAACCGGGAUGGAAAGCAACGGAAAAGGAGCGAUGACGAGCCCAGGCUAGAGGAGCGGAAAGAUGUGGAUGACGACCAAAGGCUAGAGUGCGGAAAGAAAAGGCGAGAUGAUAAGGGCCGACUGGAAGUGUACGCAGGAGAAAAUGCCUUGUGCCUUUUCUGCGGAUUGGCUACGGUCCCGAGACGCUUUUUUUCCUCGCAUCUUCACAGAAACAUCGGGCGGUUCUCAAAUCUCCUUUUUGCUGUCCCGAAUGUGUGGAUUCAGGCCAAGAAGUUCUCAUUUCUUGCCGAUAUGACUGGACCCGCCACGUCUCAGAACACCACGCCGGCGAAAAUGGCGCUUUGCUUGUCCAACUCCCGCACGGCGUCAAUUCAGCGGCUGUCAGAGAGGAAGAGAACGAGUCGGGUAUCCCGGAGACUCUCAUUGAUCCCGUUCUUUGAGUUUCAAUGUAAAUAG